GAGUGGCAUUGGCAUAAAAACCCCAAAUUUUUUCCCACCCACCUGGUCGACAGAGCACUUUACUGACCCAGAGUUUACUAACCCAACUCACAACACACGGCUGGCGAGGAGCUGUCUGCGUCCGAUUAUGGUAUACUCUUAACAUCCCACCACACUUUUCUCACUCAGUAGACACCAUUUUCUUUCUACGCGCUACAUUAUAAAUAAAACUUUGGAGUAGUUGAUACGUCAGCGUCCCCACCAGAUUACAGUACAGAGUGAGCCUUAAACCUGAAUCCAAAUCCAAGGGCACCUGCUCUUCUUCCUCUUGUUAAUACAGAGGCCUAUAGUUUAGCUCAGACAAUCUUGCUUCCAAUGACUGUCUGAAAAAGCCCGAAUUUUUCUCAGGUAGAGAGGAGAACUACCCUGAGAAAAGCAAAAGGAGAAAGAAAUAGAAAGACCCACAUUUUCUGCUUGCUUGUUUGUCUAGUAUGUCUGCCUACGGACGAGAUCCAUGGGGAGGCCCCUUGGAGAUCAAUGUGGACUCUGCCACAGAUGAUGACAGGAGCAGAAACCUGCAGGAUUUCGACAGAGCAGCCUUGUCCAGGCAGCUGGACGAGACUCAACAGAGCUGGCUUUUGGGCCCUGGUGAGCAGAAAAAGAAGAAGUAUGUAGAUCUGGGCUGCAUUGUUUGCAGUAGGACUGUGUUCAAGUGGAUUGUUAUAUCUGUCUUGGUCUCUGGUUUUAUAGCUGGGCUGGUGACCCUCAUUGUGAAGACAGUACCCAGGCACCACCAUUCCCCUCCGCCACCUGAUAAUUACACACAGGCUCUGCGCAAGGCCCUCAUGUUCUUCAAUGCUCAGAGAUCUGGGCAUCUUCCCAAGCACAAUAAUGUAUCUUGGCGAGGUAAUUCUUGCUUGCGUGAUGGCCUGUCUGAUCCAGGAGCCAACAAUGCAAAUUUGGUUGGUGGAUUCUAUGAUGCGGGAGAUGCUAUCAAGUUCAAUUUUCCUGGUGCAUUUGCUAUGACCAUGCUUAGUUGGAGUGUUAUUGAGUACAGUGGAAAGUAUGAAUCUUCAGGAGAUCUCAACCAUGUUAAAGAGAUCAUUAAAUGGGGAACAGAUUACAUUCUCAAGACAUUCAAUUCAUCCUCUGAUGAUAUAACCGUGGUCUAUAGUCAGGUUGGAAAGGGAGAUACCUCAGAUGGGCCGAGCAAUCCAAACGAUCACUAUUGCUGGAUGAGACCUGAAGAUAUUGACUAUACACGUCCAGUAACCGCGUCCUCCACUGGUUCAGACUUGGCUGCAGAGAUGGCAGCUGCCUUGGCAGCAGCAUCAAUUGUUUUCAAGGAUAACAAGCACUACUCACAAAAGCUUGUGAAGGGUGCAAAGACGCUUUUCAAGUUCUCAAGAACCCAGAGAGGUCGAUAUAGUGCUGGUGGCAGUGAUGCAGCCAUCUUCUACAAUUCCUCUGGAUACUAUGAUGAGUAUGUCUGGGGGGGUGCAUGGCUGUAUUAUGCAACAGGAAAUUCUUCAUACCUUCAGCUGGCUACAACCCCAGGAAUUGCCAAGCGGGCUGGAGCAUUCCGUGGGGGACAGGACUACGGUGUCUUAAGCUGGGACAACAAACUGGCUGGUGCACAAGUUCUCUUGAGCAGACUUAGACUGUUCUUGAGCCCAGGAUACCCAUAUGAGGAAAUUUUGAAGAGUUACCACAACCAGACAAAUAUUGUAAUGUGCUCGUACCUCCCGGUCUUUCGUUCCUUCAAUAGAACAAGAGGAGGUUUGAUUCAGCUGAACCAUGGAAGGCCUCAACCAUUGCAGUAUGUAGUAAAUGCAGCUUUCCUUGCGUCAAUUUAUGCAGACUAUCUAAAGGCUGCAGAUAUUCCUGGUUGGUAUUGUGGUCCAAACUUCUUCUCUGUCCAAGUCUUGCGCAACUUUGCAAGAACUCAGCUAAACUAUAUCUUGGGCAAAAAUCCCUUGAAGAUGAGCUAUAUUGUGGGAUAUGGUAAACAUUACCCUAAGCAUGUUCACCACAGGGGGGCAUCCAUACCAAAGAACAAGAUCAAAUACUCUUGCAAGGGAGGCUGGAAAUGGCGAGACAGUCCAAGACCCAAUCCAAAUGUUCUUACAGGAGCUAUGGUUGCUGGCCCUGAUAAAUUUGACAAGUUCCAUGAUGUUCGCACUAACUACAAUUACACAGAGCCAACACUUGCAGGAAAUGCUGGGCUGGUUGCAGCUUUGGUUUCAAUAGCAGGGGGAGACACUCUCGGAAUAGACAAAAAUACAAUGUUCUCUGCAGUUCCCCCCAUGUUCCCAACUCCACCUCCACCUCCAGCUCCUUGGAAGCCAUGAUCGAAAUGGUAUCAAUAUGCUUUGUGUAGUGGUAUGUAAGUGUAUAUGAAUAUCUCAUUGUGAAAGGACAGAUAUUCAUCUUUUUAGCAUUGCCAUGCUCUGUGUAAACAAACAUAAGGGUUCCCACUUAAAUUGCAUCACUGCAUUCAAUUAUCAGGCUUGACAAGUGGGGGAAUCCAGCUGCAUAAGCACACUAACUAUGUACUCUGUGAUCAUGUUAUGGAGAAUAUCUUGCGGAAUAAAUUUGAUGUGAUCAAUCUCAAGCUAGGCAAAAGUAGGAAUGAGAACUGAGAAAGUUUGCCUUAAUCCUAGUUGUUUAUGCUAGGCAAGCCGCCUAAUUGGUCUACUUUAUCCCUAGAUAGAUAUGUCCUAGACUAAAUAAUUUGAUUUUGUGUCUGAAAAACUUGCAAAGCCAUUUGGGCUUCUAGAAGUUGUAUAAUUACUGCUUAUAUAAAAAAUUCUUUUAAUCUUUCAA